UUCAAUGUACCUGUCACAGGGUGAGAAGGGUGAUGUGGGUGAUCCUGGACCUAGAGGGCCAUAUGGGUUACCUGGAGCUGCUGGAACACCUGGAAUGGAUGGGUUACCAGGCUUAAAGGGAGACAAGGGCAACAUGGGGGAAAGAGGAGAAAAGGGUUUCCGGGGCUUUAAGGGUGAAAAGGGCGAACCAGGUCAGCCUGGCCUGGAUGGGCUGGAUGCCCCGUGCCAAUUGGGUCCAGAUGGACUCCCAAUGCCUGGAUGUUGGCAGAAGUGAUCGGUCUAACACAAAACGCAUGGAGUUUGUAAAUAAGGCUUCAGUUUUUUUUUUUUCGGGAAAUGAACAUCAUGAAGUUUUCACGUAGUUGCUCCUGUCAUUUCAGUGUGCUUACGGCAACGUGUGUUACAUUCACAUAAGCACUGUGGAUUUUAAGGUCUUGACCAAUAAGAGACCAUUCACAAGGGUGUUUUCGCCCCGAUUUGCAUGGCCCAGAAUGAGAGUGGACACCAAACAGACUAACAGGGUUAACUGAAAAAAAGAAGGAGGAGGCGACUGAGGGAUCUGCUUUGGGUCUUGAACGAGAUCUGUGCGUGUUCACACCAAUGCAUACUACCAUCUUAAAAGACUAAAGAUCUUAGUACGUUCAAACCAGCCCGUACUACCAGCUUAAAAGACUAAAGACUCCAUCCAGACGCCCUCAAAUAAGCAUGUACAUAUCACUGUGUAGUGUGGCUUCUGCAGAUCACUAACUACCUGUCAGUCUUUGUUGAUAUGUGCUGCUCUAAAGGGGGUUAAUUUUUCUCUUUUUUUCACUUUGUGAAGGGUGUCACUCCUUGGCUGGUGGCUUGAGAAAGUAAGAAUUGUGAUUGAUUGCUGGAUUUCUUUAUUGCACAGAGGUCAGUGCGGCAACUGGCCCUCCUGCACCUCGGUGUCGCUGUUGUGUAACUCUCACCUUGUGGUGAGAGCGACAGCCUAAAGAUUCAAAUUACGGAAAUAACAGGACACAAGAUGCAUCCACCAUUUUUGGCCGCUCGAGAGUAAGCAGGCAACUGAGAUCUUUAUUACGGAAUGGUGUAUGUGAUGCAUGGAAUGCUGCGACCUUCAUCCCUCCAUCUGCAACCCUUUCUUUGUUCACUCUUCAGUGGGGUUCUUUUCGUAGCAGUGAGCUACACGGUCUGAUCUACUGAAAACAGCAGGAUGCCAUCUCUUUCGUUACCACUUUUGCUUGUUUUUUUUUUAUUUACUCAUUUUGUAUGUUGUAGUCUUUUGUUACUCCUUCCUUUUCGGAAAUAGCUACUUCUCUGCGCUAUGGGUUGUAAAUAUGACAUUUUAAUGCAUUGUUUUGUAGCUAUUUUAAGGUUAAAAUGAUGUUUAUGUAUUUUUAGAGCUAAAAGUUUUACAUUCUUAAAGACGUUCGACGCAUAUUUUGCAACAAAUGGGACAUACAGCGGUUGUGUGGUAUUGCUAUUCUCAGUAACCAUAACAACAGCAGUGUAAAGCAAUCAGUAUUAAUAAGCAUUGAAUACAGUGUUAAUGUACAGUACAAGGUGCAUGAUGUUGACAUCAGUCAUCAAAAGCCUUAAUCCUAAAUCAGCAGUGAUUAUCAUUAACCGGCACUGCUACAUUCCAGAGUGCAAAAUUGCAUCAUUUUGUUCAUUUUAUUUUUUUACAGCUUUAAAGCCAUUCUGAGCAUUAGUUUGAACUUUAUUGCUUCAGACACAAUAGAUACAUUAAAACAGUAUGAUCACAGCACUGCUGAUGCUAUAAUGUGUUUUCUGGCUGGAGGUGGCAGGAUUAUGGUGUCGAUUUUCUCAACCUCUAAUGGGCAUUUAAGAUCAUAAGAAAAGUAGUUUUGUAUGUACUGAAUUUAAUAGUUAUUCAUAAGAAAGGGUAAGUGAUUUUUUUUUCUUUUUACCCUUAACUGCUACUUUAUGUAUAGUUAUACUGUAUGUAUAGUUUUAUUCUUAAAAUAGGAAACUGAUUUAUUAACAGGCAUUCCUCAUAAUAUGAAAGUGGAAAGACCUUUUGUUGUAUUUCAUGCUCAGACAUAUUAUUAUGUGACGAUUAUGGUAUUUUUGUUUCUUGAACAUAAGUUUCCUAACUAUGUUUUAGCUGUAUCUUAACUGUAUUUUUAUUUUGUUUUGUAUGUCUUUGUUGCAGCACAGUUAACAGUUCGUUAUGUAUAUAUAUAUAUAUAUAUAUAUAUAUAUAUAUAUAUAUAUAUAUAUAUAUAUAUAUA